AUGACCACCACCCUGGAACGCAGUCUUUCUCGCACCUCGAGCAUGUCGAUACCGGUCUCGAGCCCGAGGUUAUCUCUCGUACAUGAAUCCACACCCCCAAUACUCUCCGACCCCACCCUGUCUCAUAUUCACGACCGCUUGACUUAUCUCGACUCUCGCCUUUUGGAACUUCGAUCCAGUGUCUUGACCAAGGAUGGCUACGUCGACAGGCGUAACCGCGAAGACGAACAUAUCCGACGCGAAUUCGAAGCCAACCGCUCCGUCUCGAAUCGGAUCGAUCUGAACGUUGUCGCCCUGAAAACCGACGUCGACCAGUUGAAGUCGGGGAUCUCGCAGCUCAAAUCCAGCAUCGGCCAGACCGGUAACGAGACCGUCUUCCUCCGCAGCGAUGUCGACCGUUUGUCCAAGAACGUGGAUCAGAUCCAGUCAGAUGUCGAACAUCUGCAGACCGAUGUCUGUGGAUGCCGCGUCGAAGUCAGCAAGCUGCACGCUACGAUCAGUCAACUGCGUACCGAUUUGAUCACUCUCCAACAUGAGACGUCACGCCAUCUGACGUCCGUUUUCAAUCGGUUCUCUCUCAUCGAGUCCCGCAUGAAGCAUUCGGAGCGGGUUCGAUUCAACUCGCUGGCCCAUACCACUCACGCCCCGAUCACGCCUGUUCCCGUGGUGGAAGACGACGGAUCAUUACAAUGGCCCGAAUACUUUCCUCGUACUGUAUGGCGGUUCUGGUGUCUCAAGAAAAGAAGUAGGAUCAACCGCUUGGUUCAACUGGCCGACUUCUACCAGCUUGGCGGGUAUGAAUAUUGGGGCCGCAUGCACCAGACAGAGCCUGUGUACGCCACCGCAACCGACAGUGACUCGAGUGACUCGAGUGACUAUCCGUCCACUCUUACACGCGCUGAGGCUGUUCGUCUGUAUCCUGAGGCUGCACAUCAGGCGCUGGCAGCAACGCUGGGGCUGGUUUAUUACAAAAUCCGCAACGAAGUUGGCGAAGGGAUGACUCUCCACAUUCGUCCUCCGAAGCGGCAGCAAGAAGAAGUUGCUUCGGCAGCUUCCAGUGCGAAGGAGAAGCCGGUGAAGAUGCCUCGCCGAACGAACAACAUGUCGCCCACCACUUUGAAGCGGCUCAUUGAUGGCCCAUCCUUGGAGGCCAAGUCUUUGACGUCUGAGGAGUCAGACAAACUGGGAUGGAACGCUCACUCGGAAGUCUCCGAUGAUACCAUGAGCAAGCUCAGAGGCAUCGUGUCGGAGGAAGUCGGUACCUUGCUUCGAGCGCUGGAGCGCGGCCGGAUUAAGCUCAGGUCUACGCGCCCUGAGCAACGGUCGAAUGUCUCGCCCUCGGAGAUCAGGUCCAGCUUCCGAAACGGCAAGAUCGCUGAUGACGAACGAACCAUUCCCGACACUGUUGCUACGGAGGUUGUCUCCGUCUCUUCAGGUGUUCCCGAGAAGGUGGAAGAGCCUGAGCUUCCCGACACUGCAUCCGAUGCUACCAGUCCAUUGACUGGGAUUGAGACUUGA